UAUUGGCGCUUGUAGGUCCAGAUUCUGCCGAAUUUUUUUCAAUCAAAUAUACCUUAUUCUGAGCAAUAUGCAUACAGAACCUGAUCACUCAGUUUAUUUUAGAGAUCCCAUUACUAACUACGCGAUUUGUGCCAAUGACUUCGCCUAUAAUCUUAUUUGUGUCGCUAUGCGAAAACGGCUUUGCUUAAUUUUGGUUAAUUUGCCGGAGGAGACUGGCGAAUUUGUGUGGAAUAAUGUGCAAGAACUGGAAAUAAGCGACAUUGACCGACACUGCAAUGCCCUUUGCUUUUCGCCGGACACUUCGCUUAAUUGUACGCCCAACAAAGUGACAAUUUGCGUUGCCAUUGGAUUAUGCGAGCUUAAGCUGGUUCACAGCGAUCUCAAUCAGUACAACCGAAUCCAAUCUUUAAAGGGCCAUACAGACUACAUUAACGAUGUUGCUUGGGUAUGUGAUGGGGAGUUGCUCGCCUCGGUCAGCGACGACUUUACGUGCAAAUUUUGGAACGUCAGCACAAAUCUGGAGAAUAUAAUCACAUUUUGCCUAUCCUCGGCGGGUAUGGCCGUAAAAUCUCAUCCUGAAGACCCAAAUAAAGUACUCGUUGCCGAAAAAAGAGGCAUAAUUCAUCUGUAUAAUGUGCGUAGCAAGCAAGCGAUUGUGUCUGUUGAGGCACCGAAGUUUCCACUGAUGUCUGCCGAUUGGUCAAAUGGCAACCGGUUGCUUGUAGCUGCUUUGUCCGGUGGCGACAUAGUUACGUGGGAUCUGAGCCGUCCCUUUGUUCCUGCCGAUGUUAAACAAGUACACGAAGAUGGUGGUCGAGCCGUACAAUUUGCACCAGGAAGCUCUGACAUAAUGGUUGCUAGCAUUGGGAGACCUGAUAUUACAUUAAAGGUCUUCGCGCCAAAGUCAGCGGUGCCGUUGGUGGAGUACGGCCUCAAAACCUACGGCGGUUUGGCAUGGCAUCAAAGAUUACCAUAUAUAACUGCAGCGUCUGAUAGAAAACUAUAUUUCUGGAAGGUGCAGGUUAAGUAAAAAGCACGGCCUAAAAUAAAGUUACCUUUUUAAAAAAUAGUAA